AUGGCCGCCUCGGUCAGGGCACACCAGCUGGCUGGAUUCAUUUGCCGUGUCGCGGGCGCCAUUCGCGGUCGGCCCCCUCUCGCGUCUUCUUCUCGGCAGAUGGACACGGGGGAGGGCACGGGAGCCGAGUGUCUCAUUCGGGGCCGGAUGAACAGAACAAGACACCCACACUGGCUAACUAGCUAUUUCACUGCCGCGAGGGCCUGCCCGCUCGCUCGCUCGCUCCCGCUAGAGCGUCAGCAGACGAAGGGCGGCGACGACGCAGUGAGGCGCCACGGGACGCCUGGCCGUCUGAUUGAGGUCCCGAGGCUAGUAUCCCGCUACCAAGCUAGUAGCACCAGAAUGCUCCAGCUCAGGUGCCGACGACAUGGUGGGCCGUGA